GGUCCUUGAUAUCAGCCCAGGUGAUGGACACACAAACCAUUCAAGUUCAUGAGAAUGACCCAAUUGAUAUACCCUGUACUGCAUACGUGUCGCAAAGCGGAACACCCAGGGUCGAGUGGAAGUUUGAAAAGGGCUCUUCAAUAGUGCUGUUCUACUACAAUUCAAAAUUCACAGACCCCUACAAAGACCGUGCUAAAUACUCACCCACAGGGAUUAGUUUCUCUUCGGUGACUCGGAAGGACACGGGGAAGUACAUCUGCGAGGUCCUCUGGCCCGGGAGCGGGGGCAGUGACCAACUAAGAAAGUCAGAAGUUGACCUCAUCGUUCAAGAUGGCUUUCCACCUCCUACCUGCCAAUGCUACAGGUACGACGUCCUUAUGACCUCCAACCCCAAGAUCAACGAGAAAUUCAGGAACUCCUGCUACGCGAUCGACACCAAGACAGGAGUGCUGAUGAAUGAGCCUGUAACCAGCUUCAACACGGGGGAUUAUUUUUGCGAGGCUCAGAACAACGUUGGGACCACUCAGAAAUUGGAAGCCAUCCACUUGGAGGCCAGAAACAUCAUUUCCCACAAGGACAUGAAAGCGCUGGUCGACAGCAGGAAUGCUCGGAUUAUCGACGUGCGGUUGCCGGAGGAGGUGGCGAAUGGCCAUAUCGCCAACUCGGUCAAUAUUCCAGUGGCAGAAGUCGAGGAAGCCCUGAAGAUGGACCCUGAGGCGUUUAAGAUGAAAUAUGGCAUGGACAAGCCACGGAUGGAUGAUGAGAACUUGAUCUUCUACUGCCAGAGGGGGAGGAGAGCAGCUCAGGCCACAGAGAUUGCCAUAACCCUCGGCUAUGCCAAGGCUCGUAACUACGAAGGCAGCUACAAGGAAUGGUCUGAGAAGGAAGGGAAGUGAAGUGGGAACGACUCCACGAGGGCUGGUGUCUGUCCCUCCACACCCAGCAGCUGGCUUUUCCCUGAAGAUUCUUCCUUUGCUUCCUUGCUGCAACGUCGUCCCAUUGCUGCUGACGCCUAAUGCUGGGAUGGGAACGCUCUGGGCCCUGGUGGGCUCUUGGCUAACGCACCUGUCUGAGAAGCUGUCACUCUACUUUCUGCCUUACCUUCCAGCCCAGUGUCUCACCUGCUCCAAAUGUAGUCACUCCCCCUGCCCCUGAUAGCAGCUGGGGGGUUCAGGUACUUUAUUCGGGGUGGGGAGAUAUCUGCACCCCCCCAUUGACUCCAUCUCCCUCACCUCCCCUGGGAAUCUGGGACCCCAUCCAUUUGCUCUUCAGCUCUCAAGGAGGUAGAUUUGAUGGUCAUU